GGACUUGAUAAGUUGAUACAGCGUUGUAGGUUCAACAGUUGUUAGCACAUCUCGUUAUCUUUCUUUAUCGUUUUCCUCAGACUAUUUACUUCAGUUAUGGACCUUGACGUGAUCGAAUCUCUUCAAGACCUCAAUUAUCCACUCGAUGAAGAAGGACUUAGAGCUGCGGUUGCCGAAGGUCCUCUGUCACCACAGUACACAGAAUGCGUGGAAUGGAUGACCAAAGAGCUGAAAUUCCUCUACUGCCUCGACGAGCACGUCAACGCCAUCACCUCCAGCGAAGACGUUCCGUCGUUUUUAAUGGAAAUAACAAGUUUUUUAAAAGAGUUGGGUUGUGAAUACAAAAGUUUGACAGAAGGAAAAAUUCAAGACAGACUUCAGUCUCAAGAAGAUCGCUUAAAGCUUUUAGACUAUCUUAUAACGGAACUUUUAGGAGCAAGGAUAAUUAGCAAUAGGAACCCAGCUUCUAAUAAUCUGAAAUUGGUUAUUAAUGAAACACCGACUGCGGCCUGCAUGAAGAAAAUGCUAAUCGCAUUGAAAAUCCCCCGACCACCUGAUAACGUGACGUCUAACAUGUUAUUUGCAAAAAUUAAAACAAAGGUAGAAGAAUCUAGUCAAAAGUGUAUCAGUGACCCUUUGUUCACUGGUCAGUUGUCAGAAAAACAGUGGAAGUCUUUGGAAAAAAUUCAGCAAGAAUUACAGCAGGAGUAUGCUAUCAGAAGGCAGAUGUUGUUGAAAAGGCUCGAUGUCACCAUUCAGUCAUUUCAGUGGUCUGAGAGAAUGAAAGGAAGGGAAAAUGAGAUAGCAACUCACUUUUCCGAGAAGCGGAACCUCAUGACAACAAAGCCAAACAUAAAACUUUCAGAUCUGUUAGCUGCCAGGCAUCAUCUAGCUAUUUUAGAAAAGACUUCAAAUUCAAACGUUCGAAAAAAUACACAAUCUUCUGUAAACAAACUCAUAAUUGGAGCAGUGCCAGAUAGAGGAGGGCGGCCUGCAGACCAACAACCACCUCCACCAGAAAUGCCUAGUUGGGCUCCGAGAGCAUCUGGGCCACCAGGAGGGGGAGGUGGAGGAGGAGGACGUGGAGGUGGUGGUGGUGGCCGAGGAGGUGGCAAUGACAGAGGCCCACGGGUUCAAGGAGGUUGGAAUUCUGGAGACAAUUAUCGAGGCGGCGGUGGUGGCGGCCACAGAGGAGGGGGAUAUCAAGGUAAUAAUUAUCAAGGAAGUGGAGGUUACCACGGAGGCAGAGGUGGUGGUGGCAGGGGAGGAAGUGACAGACAUGGUCGUGAUAGAAGAUACUGACAUCAGGGGCUGCUGAUACAGCAACAUUACGGCUAUUACCUCAUGUUCGGUUUAUACUACUUUUGUUAAAAUCGAUAAUUUUUGUUGUCUACUUUGGUUUAUAAAUGUUUUGUUGUAAAUUGUCUAGGCAAAUAUUUUUAUUGAUAUCCAAAUCAAGUUUUGUAAUUUUCAUU